AUAAGAAGAUACGUCUCUUAAUCAAGGGAAGCAAGGUACGUCUCUUGUGGGGCAUGUGUCCAAAAAUGAGUGGGGGAGGAGAGGUUUGGUGUUUCAACGCUUUCGGCUUCUCUCCGUCUCUCUCCCGAUUCCUCUCCUUUUUCGGCUUCUCUUCGCAAUCGCCGUCAUCUUGACUCUCCCUUACCCUAUGCUUCUGAAGAAAUGCAUCGUGUCGGUCGUCUCGCUCAUACUCCAGCCUGCCGCCUCCAUCGUCGCCUUCGCAGGGUUUCAACUCCUCGGGAAGCUUGAGAAGUCAAUUGUUGCUGAUAAUGAUUCAGGGGAGAGCGUAGCGAGUGAAGUACGCACAAGUUCUGGAAUGUUUCUUUCCAAAAGACAGGAUGAUAUAGUUGCUACUGUCGAGGCAAAACUUGCUGCUUGGACUUUUCUUCCCGAGGAAAAUGGACAAUCCAUGCAAAUACUGCACUACGAGAAUGGCCAAAAAUAUGAACCGCAUUUUGACUUCUUUCACGACCAAGUAAACCAACAGCUUGGUGGUCAUCGGAUCGCCACUGUAUUGAUGUACUUGUCCAACGUCAAAAAGGGUGGAGAAACUGUGUUUCCCAUGUGGAAGAUCUACAAGGCUCAGAGGAAUGUGGUUCUGUGUGCGGCUGGGAUCCUUCUCUACUGGUGUAUUCAUCACAUCUGCAAGUACAACAAAGACCUUGAGCAUUUGGAGGAACUAGAGAAGAGAUACAAGGCAGAGUAGUAGUCUCUCCUCAGAGUCUGGUUCUGAUGUUAUAAUAUAACUUCGGCUUGUUAGUAGACCACGAUUUGUCUGGAUAAAUCUUUGCACAGACCUUGUUUGUGUUUAAUCUUGCAACUUUAACAAUUUUUUUAAGAACCUUUAAAUAAGAAACUUGCAAUGGAGUACAUAAAAGUUAAAAGUU